GCACUGUGGCGCCGCUGGUUGCUAUAGUGCUUCACCUUCAAUGCGCUCAUCUCUGUCAACCUUUCCUGCUCUGCCUCUCUGUGACUCUCCAGAGCUGCUGCUGCUGCUGCGGUGAUGGAUUAACCAUUUCUUAGACCUGCCUGACGACAAGCACUUUGUCUGAGGAGCAAACACAAGCUGAAAAACCUUGACUGCUGCAGCUCCCGUCUCCUCUGACUAACUGUCACACAUACACACACACACACACACACACACACACACACACACACACACACAUCACACAUCAACUCUGCCUGGUCACAGUCAGUCGCAGCUCUGCAACAGGGGAGUAAAUGUCUGCAAGAGAGGACUGAUCCUGACUGAAGGUUGACACCUGACUACAUCUCCAAAACCGUCAGCAGGGACCAAGAGGGAUGGAGGGAGAAGGCAGUAACCCUGGGGUAGCUAUGGAUUCAGGUAACCCCUUGCUAAGAGCAGUCUUCCUCCGCCGCCUGCGGCUGACGCGGCUUCUCCUGGAGGGAGGCGCUUACAUCAACGAGAGCGACAGCCAAGGCCAGACGCCCCUGAUGGUGGCCUGUAGGACCCAGCACAUGGAUGCCCAGAGUGCCAGCCGAGUCAAGCUGGUCCAGUUUCUUCUGGAGAAAGGAGCAGACCCCAACAUCCAGGACAAGGAGGGUCGCUCUGCGCUGAUGCACGCCUGCCAGGAGCACGCCGGACCUGAGGUGGUGUCUCUGCUACUGGCCAAUGGAGCAGACAUCAGCCUGGAGGAUCAGUCUGGCACAUCAGCGCUGGUCUACGCAGUCAUGGCUGGAGACUGGAAGGUUCUAAAGCUGAUGCUCGACACAUGCAAGGCCAAGGGGAAAGAGGUGAUCAUCAUAGCCACCGACAAAUUCCCAUGUGGCCAACUGCAAGCCACACAGUACCUCGGCAUGCCUCCCCUCGGUCCUCUUGAUCAGAUGGACAAAACGGCAUCUGCAGCUCCUGCUUCUCCCUCUGAAAUCCAGCUCAUCACCUCCCCCCAGUGCACCUCCUCUUCCUUGUGUCCCCCAAAGACUGUUUUCUCCUUUAAAGAUGCCCAGUCUUGCGGCGUAAGCUCCCAUCCAUGUUCUCCAUCACGAUUUCAAAGGCUUGGCCAAGCGGUGCCAAAUGGCCUGCAGCAGCCUCUCCUGAGGUUGAACUCUGAGCCCUGGCUGAAGAUCCCGGCGUCUCUGCUCAGCCGGCAGCCUCUUGCAACCUUGCCUUCAGAAAACAGCGAAGACCUCAACCAAAGUGAAGACCUCUCUCUGAGAAUUCCCAAACUAGACGGCAUGAAUUCAACAACUGACAACUUCAAAUUGUAUGAAGGAAGUUUGGCAAAGGACAAAGGAGUGGAAGGAGAAAAUGAAUGUGCCAACCACAUGGGACAAAAGAUAUCCUUACCAGGUCUCCUAUCAUCCCACUCCCACCCCAACCUCCACUCUGCAAACCUUGGAACAGAUUCACUUGCCUCCUCUUCCUCCUUUUCUGGGGGCCAAAACCUUAGCACUCCACUUCACAGCAUGGCCUCAUCAAGCCUUCACAGCAUAAUCCAGAGGCGCAAGUUCGGGGCCGACAUCUACAGCUCUGACCCCCAGCUAGCUAGAGACAUCCACAAUCUGCCCGAGGAGUCCCAGCAGAGAGCAAGAGACAUAACAGAGGUCAAGAGACUGGCACCCUUACGCUGCUCCAGCACGCUGGGCUCCAGGGAGUCACUGUCAACUGGCCCCAACAGGAGAGAGCUGUCUGGGUAAGAGCGCAGAGGGUCUGGAGCCUUCUUGUUGGACCACAACUCCCAGGCCAGGCCUAGAUCUCUGCCGCCUCUGGCCCUCAACUCCACCAGCACCCCCCUCCAUAAUGCUUAUAACCUUAGCUCCAGUGCUGGAGGUGGUUUCUGUGACAAAGAGUCUGGCCUAAAAAGUUUCCAUCCCUGCGCUCCUCCUGGACACCCCAAAGAGAUGACCAGGAGGAUGCUGCUGCGGAGACACUCAAUGCAGACAGAACAGCUUAAAACAACAGCCUGAGGUUUACUCAGGAGGGAAGGUCAUCGAUGUGUUUUAAUGUGAAAUGUUUUGUCAUGUGAUGUGUCUGUGUGGUGAAAUCCAG